GUCUAUAGGUGGCGGAACGACACAUUAAUGCUUGUUUGCGGUUCACCAUGAAGCACCAAAAGAACAGAACUAAAUUACGUAAUCCAUCACACAUGCGCAGAUGGUGGUAGUUCCGCCAUUUUGGUUCUCGGUGUGCUAACGGCAGCUAGCUUCUGGUGUAUGUGCGUUUUGUUUACUCUUCUCUGUUGGGUUUUCGGUUUCCCUCCAGCUGCGGUACUAAAAACCAGUAAAGCGGUACCAGUCCGUCCAAUAAGGUCGGAACCGGAGUCUGUCUUCGUCUGAGAGAUGGACGGAGGAGAGGAGGAAUUUAUGUCCGACGAUGGGGGCGGGACUCCGGUUCAGGAUGAGCAUCCUCAAUCCGACGGCGAGGAGAUGAGGAGCGACGGCCGGCAGUCGGAGGACGACGGCAGCAACGACGAAGACGCUGCCAUUGCCAUGGAAACGGGCGGGGCAGCCAACAGCUCGGACGCAGAGGACCGGCGCCGGGCCGACAGCGACUCAGAGGACGAGGCUCCCAGGGGCCGCCGAGACAAGAGCGACUCGGAGGCGGAGCCUCAUCGGCCUGGUGACAGCGAAGAUGAAGACUCUCCGGCAAAACACAGGGCAAGCGCGUCGGAUGAGGAAGAGGAGGAAUCGCCAACGAAGAGACGGCCGAGCGGCUCAGAGGACGAGGCGUCGUCUCCGGUCAAACGGGGAGCGUCCGACAACGAGGAAGAGGAGGAGGACGUGUCGUCCCCCGCCAAGCGCCGAGGAAGCAGCUCUGAGCUGGAGGACGCCCCCGGAGGAGAUGGCGCCCGCAGCGACUCCGACAACGAAGAGGACAAACCGGCGCCAGCGUCGCCUCCACGGCAACACUCAGACAGUGACUCUGACACAGAGCCGCCCGCCAGACGCCAGGCGGCGCCGAUGGACUCUGACGAGGAAGAUGAGGGUAAACAGGAGGAAGAGGAAGGGGCCGGGGAAGGGAGGUGGAAGGGUGUGAUGCAAUCCGACAGUGAGGAUGAGGAAGACGAGGGGCAGAGGAAGAAGGCUACAACAGGAAGUGAUGAAGAGCAGCACGAGGAAGAGAAGAAGCAACAGAGAGAUGACAGCGAGGAAGAGGACGACAAACCAGUGAAGAGGAAGAAGGCCAUCUUGUCUGACAGUGAAGACGAGGAUGAAGAGAAGGAAGACAAACCAGCGGCAAAGAGGAGCCGGGCGGUUUCCGACGACGACGAGAACUCGGGCAGCGGCGACGGCUCAGUCGGCCCGGAUCGAAGCCUGGCGGCCAAGCUGAGGGAGCUUGGGUCAGACAGCGGCAGCGACGAAGAGGAGCGGUCCAAACCCACGGCGGUAAAGAAGGACGAGAAGGCGCUAUUCGGCAGCGACAGCGACUCCGGCGAGGACGACGAAGAGGAGAAAAUGAUCGCAGACAUUUUCGGAGAGUCUGGAGAUGAGGAAGAGGAGGAGUUCACAGGCUUCAACCAGGAGGAGCUGGAGGCUGCCAGCAAGCAGCCGAAGCAGCAGCAGAAAGCGGCCGAUGAGUCCGACUCCGACGAAGGAGUGGACCGCAGUGGCCAGGACACCAGCUUCAUGUCUGACUUUGACAUCAUGCUAGCCAAAAGGAAAGCCAUGAACAGCCGGAAGAGGAGGCACCGAGACGGAGGAACAUUCAUCAGCGAUGCCGACGAUGUCGUGAGCGCCAUGAUCAUUAAGAUGAACGAGGCCGCAGAGGAGGACCGGACUCUGAACAGCCAGAAGAAGCCGGCGCUGAAGAAGCUCACGCUGCUGCCGCAGGUCGUCAUGCACCUCAAGAAGCAGGAUCUGAAGGAGACGUUCAUUGACAGCGGCGUGAUGUCGGCCAUCAAGGAGUGGAUCAGCCCUCUGCCCGACAAAUCGCUGCCAGCGCUGCGGAUCAGAGAGGAGCUGCUGCGGAUCCUGCAAGAGCUCCCCAACGUCAGCCAGGAGACGCUGAAGCACAGCGGGAUCGGACGGGCCGUCAUGUUCCUCUACAAGCAUCCCAAAGAAUCCCGGGCCAACAAAGACCUGGCGCUGAAGCUCAUCAACGAAUGGUCGCGGCCGAUCUUCGGUCUGACGUCCAAUUACAAGGGAAUGACGAGGGAAGAGCGGCAGCAGAGGGAUUUGGACCAGCAGACGCCUCAGAGACGCCGGCUCAGUGAGCCUCAGAAGGUGGAGAGGGCGCAGGAACCCGACGUCUUCUCUCCACCGACCAGCUCUGGAGGUCAGACGCCCCGCAGAGACCUGGAGAAGCAGCUCACCGGGGAGGAAAAAGCUCUGCGACCCGGUGAUCCCGGGUUCUGCGCCCGGGCUCGGGUGCCGAUGCCCUCCAACAAGGACUAUGUGGUCCGACCCAAAUGGAACGUGGAGGGGGAUUCAAGCAGGGGGCCGGUGAAGAAGGGUUUGUCCCGGGUCGAUAAACAGAUGCGUAGGUUUGCGGACAUCCGGCGGCUGACGAAGACUGGUCACGCUGUGAAGAUCAGCGUGGAAGGAAACCGGAUGCCACUCUGAUCCAGUCUCAGUCUUUAGUUUUUUUAGGAUUUCUUCUUUGUGGUUUUGUUUUAAGGUGGUUUUCCUGAACCAUCUCAGCCCUCCCUCCUCAGGUCCAGCUCUGCCUCUCUAAGGGCUUCUUAACGAAUGUGAUUAUCUGCUGUAAACUUUUCUGCUCUCUGAACAAAUUCAAUAAACUCUCCAUCAUGACGUC